UUAAUAAAUACCGUUUGUUUUUAGAGUUUUAUAGUUUCCUUUUCUUAUUAAAAAGUUAAGUGCAUAUUGAAUUUAAUGUAGGAAAAUGUUUCCGAUUCAUGCAGAAUCAAGGAAAACUAUUACGCGUGAAAAGUCGGGCGCCAUGACAGUAAGCACCGUUGAUAAAAUGCAAAGUUUGAAUCAGCCGGCAAAAUUGUUUGAUAAUAAAUUUGUGGUCACCGUGUUAAGGAAUACGCGGUGUUGCCCCAAAUGCCGGAGUGAAUAUUCAACGAAUUAUGAUCUCCGUAUGGGCGAUUUGCACGUCAAAAGCAAUCGACCGUUUCUACUCAGCUGUGGACAUAAUAUGUGCGAAAACUGCAUUUAUCAAAAUCACCAGAAUCUCGUUUGUAGCGUUUGCCAAAUACCAAUUGUCAUAGAGAAACGUAACAAUGCAUCCAAUUCCCCGAAUAGCCAGCAGAAACAACAACGGCACUACACUCAACCACGCCAUGAAAACUUCAAUGUACGCGAUUACUUCUACAUGAAUUUCUUUUUAAUGGGCGAACUUAAUCACCUGCGUUUCUAUCGUCGCGAAAGUUCGGCAAAUAACACUCUAAUGAUAUCCGAUCGUGGUCCACUAUCGCCAACAUCCAGUGGUAAUCGUACGCUAGUUUCUGGCACACAUAUACCAUCGCAACGUUUUGUCGAGCGCUGCACAGAAUGUGAGCUGGAGCUGGCUGUGGGCUUGUGUCGCCAAUGUACCGUGCACUAUUGCCGCGUCUGCUAUGAUUCCAUACACAUGUACGGUAAGGCACUAAAACGACAUUCGUUAGUGACGCUCGACAAGGAUCGUCAAGUUGUCAAGGAGGCACAAUUACCGCGUCCCGCUUACUGCCAACAGCACAGACGCGUCAAGGAUCGCUAUUGUCACACGUGUCAAUUGAUUUGUUGUUACGUGUGUGUGGAAAGGAUGCAUAAAACGCACCAUGGCAUGUUAUUGGUGAACGAGAAUGAAGGUUUGCAGGAUGAAAUUGGCACUAUUUUGGAAUCGGUGAAAAUGUCACGAGAGAAUCUGCGUAAAUCACAGAAGGAUGUCAAAGCCAUUGAACUCCAGCUCGAAGAAUAUGCCACGCAGUGCCUCAAAGACAUAUCUGAGUACUUUCUACAAUUACACAGUUUUUUACAAAAUGAAGAGGCGCGCAUAUUAGAAGACUUCCAUAACCAAUGCGUUGAACCGCAAAAGAUUAUACGCGAUGCAUUUUCAAAACUCGGCGAAACUCAAAGCAUUUUAAAUAAAAUGCGCACGCAAUUGGAACAAUAUCAGCAAAAAGUGCCAACCGAUAUAUAUCUCCGACAAGUAUUUGACAUUUACAAUGCACAACUGGAGCAAAUCGAUUGUCGCGCACAAAUUUCGAAGCUCCCCAAAAGUCCUUUCAUUUUUGAGGUUAAACAAGAUUUACGUAAGGACUUUUCACAGUUCUAUGCCUACCAAUACGUUGAUCCAAAGAUUACCGUUCGCUUGCAACCCAUAUAUGGCGAUUUGAAGCAUUCCUUUUCCGAUCGCAAAUCCGAUUCGUCCGAUCAAAUGGAUGUGGACUGCUACAUCGAGAAGCACAAACGCAAGAAUAACGAACGCAAUAAGAAGAAAAAACAACAAAAACUGCGCUACGAUGACAAUGAGGAUGCUUCGAAUAGCAAAACUUCAGACACUGAAUCUCAAGGUCAUUUACUGCGCGAUAAAGAGUUGGUGCGCAUCAGUUAUGUAAAGUCACCGGAACAUUUCUUCGUGCAAACAAAGCACGCGAUUCACCAAAUACGCGAACUCUCCAAUAAAUAUGUGAACUUCAUGCAAACCGACAUAAUUCCCAAAGUCAUCACUGAGGGUCAAUACUACAUGACAUAUCAUAACGAUGAUAAGCAAUGGUAUCGUGGUAUGGUCAAAAAAAUCCUAACAAACGAUCUGUAUAAGGUGUUUUUAGUUGACAUUGGCAUGCAGAUAGAGGUGCCAAAAGGACGAUUCUGCGAAAUUGAUAGUAAAUCACUUAACAUUCCCUUCGCGGCUAUACGUUGUGCCAUACAUGACAUAAUUCCAGUUGGAAAGUCAUGGAACGAAGAAGCCACUAAUCUGUUAGUCGAAAUUACAAACAAUCACUUCGUACGUGUCAGCAUUGUAGAACGCAUCAAGGAGAAUAUGCUUUCGGUGGAUCUGAUUAGAACUUCAGGUGAAGAAGCGAUCUCGAUUCGGGAAUCUUUUUUAUAUACGGGCCUGGCGCGGGAGAUGUCAGGUGCAUCAAAUAUGCCAUCGCCUCUUAAGAAAAUAUCUCCCAUGGCGCGUACCAAUCAAAGGCUACCAAAAUAUUCGUUUCAUAAUGGCGAUAUGUUGGUCGUAAAAGUGACAAAUAUAGAAAGUCCUCAUAUGUUCUAUGUCAUGAAGCUCGACGCUAUUGAGAUGGCGCAGAGAUUGAAAUCCGACUUAAACUUCCAAUACAAUCAACCGAAUGAGGCAUUGCAACCAGUUUUCUUAGCAUUACCACAAAUGUGCUGUGCUGUGCGCAUCGAGGAUAUAUGGCAUCGAGCACGAAUUGAGGAAAUACACGGUGGGGGAAAAAUAAGUGUGCACCUCGUGGACGAGGGCUCACAACACGAAGCCAAUUGGCGUCAAAUUUUUCCACUCAUAAAUAAAUUCCGCGCCCAAAAAGAGUUCACCAUUAAAUGUGCUUUAGCAGACAUUGAACCGCUGCAAGAGAAUAGCUAUGCUUGGACGUCCGAAGCCAUACGCGAAUUUAGCCAAUUGGCUGCCAAUCCCACACUACAAAUGGCCAUACUGUCCACAAAUCAAGCUACAAUACGAGUGACAUUGCAUGUCUGCAAAAAGCAUAUGGAUAUAAAUAUUGGAGCUAUGCUCGUCAGCUAUGGCCACUGCGUGGCGACUGGUGAGAGUUCUCAAGUCGUAGAAGUCUACAAAACGCCAAAGAAACGUGUGAACUUGUCGAAUAAUACAUUAACAGAUGCCAUGCAAUUCCGUCAAGUCAAGGGCAAAGAUGUUACAAUGCAGGACGUUAAAGAGACCGCCAAUAUUGCAGGAGCAGAGGCGAAAAGUGCCAAACCUGUCAAGGUGCUUAAACGCACGUCGGUCAAGGUUGUAUAUGUCGUAGAUCCUGGCGAGUUUUAUAUACAAAUUGCCAGUCUCACAACGGGCAUUGCCAAAUUUCACAAUCAACUGCAGCAAGCACAAAACGAAGAUCCAUCGAACACAACAAGUUUCUCGUUAUGUUCACAAAGCACAAACAACUGGUUUGUUGGUAAUCACUGCUUGGUCAAUACUAAAUAUAAAAGUGACCUUACCAAGCAGACGCACACCACGCAGACGUCCAGCCCCAGUGAAUGGUAUCGCGCUAUUAUAAUCGCAAUAAAAGCCGAUAUCGAAGCUGAUUUGUAUACCGUAUUCCUACGCGAUAUUGGCGCUACUAUUUCAGACAUUACCAGUGCACAACUCCGGGUUAUAGAUCAUCAAUGGGAUCGUGUAACAAAUGCCGUGCAUCGCUGUCACUUGGCUUGCAUUGAGCCAACUGGCGGCACAAAUGCUUGGUCACAUUCCGCCAUCGAUUGCUUCAAGCACACCGUCAGCUCUUUUGAGUCGCUUUCGGCCACUUUACAAGGCAAACGUAUGACAGGUUCCAAUUCAUUGCCCAUCGUGCUUUGGGGUACAAUCACUGAAACCGAUGAUCCGUUAGCGCCUUGUAUAACCAAGCAUUCGAUAAUCAAUCGCAUAUUAGUGAAAGCCGGUCUCGCAUAUUCCGUACAACGUUUAGAUGUAACAGAACAGCUGGAUAAAUUGUUAGAAAUGGAGUUUGCCGAGGGUGAGAUUACCAUGGAGGAGUGGAAUAAAAAUUUUAUGAGCAAUGCCGCCCUUAAAGAAAUUGAUCGCCGUUCACAGCGUCCUGGGAAUGCUUUCAGCGCCUUCGAUUCUGACAAUUCCAUGAAAACUGACAAUCAUGAUACCAAACUUACACCUGAAAUAGACUUCACCUUGGACCUCGUAGUGGAUAGUCAGGCCUGCGGCGAACCCACAGUUUUCACUUCGAAAGCACCAGAGGCUUGGCUGCAAUCGAAACCAAUUAAUAAGUCAAUUUUCGCCGCCAUACCGACCUAUGUGGAUUAUAAAGCUAUUGUCUAUUUACACGAUGCCUAUGAUAAGGAUCUGUUAAAACAUUUACGAGAGAUAAUAAUGAAAACUUAUGGUGAAUAUGAAAUGCCAACAACUUCCAUACCCAAAUAUACACCGGGCCAGGCGUGCUUAGUGCGAUAUCACGUGGAUAAACGUCUUUACCGUGGCAUCGUACAGAAAAAGAAAAAAGAUGAUUUUAUUGUACAAUUCAUUGACUAUGGUAAUGUGGAGUCGGUUAAAUUGCAUGACUUACUACCAUUUGCGCCAUUUCCAAAGUUACCACGCAUAGCAAACAAAUAUCGCAUCGAGGGUAUACGUGCCAAAUCCGCCGACGGCGUCUACACGACAGAUGUACUCGAUAUAAUACAUGUUACAGUUGUUGAAAAACUAGUUUCCAUACGUGUGGCAACAUCAGAGCUACAAAAUCCGAUUAAAGCAUGCAGUAUGCGUGUGGGUAAUAUGGAUGUUGCAGAGUAUCUCAUCAGCAGUGGACAUGUUGAACGAGAUAUUUUGCCCUCCGAUCGGUUUCAUAAGAAAACGAUGAGAGAUAAAUUCAAGCCGAGUUAUAAAGACUUGAAAGCUAUCGCUGAUAUCGAAUCGACUAUGGAUAACAUUGAUGAACUUACAAAUGAGAACAAUGCAUUACCCGUCAUGGAAGCAGAUAAAAUGUUCCAAUUCAAACACAUUAAAUCCGACUUUUUUGAACUAAAUGAGGACAACAAAAGCGAUGAAGAUGCCGACGAUGACGACGAUGACGAUGACAACGACGAUACAGUCAAUGAUUGUCUCGAUCAACUGAUAUUCAAUUUGGACAAAGGCGACAAUCACUCGGAUAGUGAUGAUAGUCCUAAUGAUGAAUUAAAUAAUGCGCUAUCACCAUUACAGGCAGCGCAAGCAGCACAAUUAGCAUUGCAACCGCAUCAAAAACCAACCCAACACUCCUUCACGCCACCCUGUAAGAAACGCAUGUUCGACUCCAAUGAGUACAAGCAAUUGCAUAAACAAAUGUUGCUGGAGAAUUUGUAUGGCAGCGAGAAUUUUAUAAAAAAUGAAUUGGCCGCGAUGCAAUGUGAUAACGAUGCCGCUGGAGCUGACGGUUCCGGCGUUCUCGCUGCCAGUUGGGGCCUUGGAGAGGACGAUGAAGAUGCUGCCAUUGUUGAGUUAGAACAAAGUUUUGCGUUGAAUUAUUGGCAUACCACUGACGAAAACGAACGCCAAAAGGACAAAAAUAAAGAGAAAGAAAUGGAAAAAACAAAAGAACUGGAAAAUAUUAAAGAAAUAGAAAUGGAAACUCACAACAGCGUUAGUGUUUCCCAGCGUUCAAAUCUGGUGAUGGAAACAUCGGCAUUCGACCGAUUCUACCCAAAUGAAACGUCAUCGGUCUUCUCACACUUCAGCGGCAUUGAAUGCUUCAAGAUGCCACAAAUACCAGUGGGCAAACGUUCCUUCGAAUGCAGCGUUGUCUCUAUUGUUACGCCGACAAUUGUACACAUACUACCACAUCUCACCGAAUUCGAAUAUCGUGAACUGGAACUUCAGAGACGCAUAAAACAUUUGGUUAAAUCCGCGCCAAUGCUCACCGAAUACGAACCGCGCACCAUUUGCCUAUCACAAUACCGGAAGGACAAGAAAUGGUAUCGCGCACUAAUACGCUCACACAAUCCCGUUGCCAAGCAAGUGGAUGUGCUGUUCGUUGAUUACUUGAACACGGCGACGGUGUCUAUUACACAACUCAAACAAUGUCCGCUCGAAUUAAUCAGUUGGCCAUUGCGCACCAUACGCGCCCGCCUCCACGGUCUGGUACCGAAUCCGCGCCUGCGUGAAAAAGACAUACGUCAAGCCUUGCAGAAUAUUGUACUCAAGCGCACAUUGGUUGCGCGCAUUGUUAAAGAGCCGAAGCGCCUUGACAACUCAACAGCCAUAAGUAUGAUAGAUUUCAUGCGUCUGGAUGACGUUGGUGAUUUGAACUCGGCCACCGUUUCAGGUGCCAUCACUGGUGCGGGCACCUAUCAGCAGAACAUUGAUGAUAUCAUGGAGGUGCAUUUGUAUGAUCCCGAUAUUUAUGCACGUAAACAGAGGGACGCUCGCAUUUAUCAACCGCUUAUACAGGAUAGUUUCUAUUCUUAUAAAAAAGUUUAGAAAAAUAUAUGCAAACUUAAAUUGCAGACUUAAUUACAUUUUACUCUCCCAUGGGUAUGGGGCAUAAAGUUACCCAUAUAUUGACGUUUAUAAAUGAAUUCGCUUAUCAUUUCAUUAUUUUAUACUAUAAAUUCUAUUAU